GUGAGAGCAAGGGAGGGAGGUGAACGACCGGAGUAGUGGAGACGAGCUCUGUCCACCACCGAGCACAAUUUAAAAAGAGAACAUCAGAGGGAAAUUGUGCACCUUCUCAUCCCCGCGGAUAUCUGCAUCUCCCUCUGCCCCCCUCCCUCAUCCCCCCCAUCUGUCAUCAUCAGCCCAGCUCUGCUAUUUUCUCUUUUCUUCUACCUCUUCUUGCCUUUGGAUAGUAUGAGCUCCAGCUUGCUAGAAAACCCGGUACAGGCGAUUCUGUACCUUCGGGAGCUGACAACCAUCGUGCAGAACCAGCAGAGUCUCAUCCAGACGCAGCGCGCCCGGAUAGAGGAGCUGGACCGGCGGGUGGACGAGCUGAUCGGCGAGAACAGGCACUUGCGGGACAUCAGGGUCCAGCAGCAGCAGCAGCAGCAGCAGCAGCAGCAUCCCUACCUCCAUCUCCACCAUCAGCACCUCCCGGAGCCCACCUGCCUGCACAGCCCCCACCACCCCCCGCAGGACCCCCAGCUGGAGACCGGGGGGGUCUCCGUGCCGGAGCAUGCGGCGGAACCAGCGCAGCCCGAGGCUGCGCCGGAGCUCCAGCCGCAGGAGGAUGUGCAACCUUUAGACCCGGGGGACAUGCAGCUGGUCCCGGCGGACCCGGCCACCAUUUCUCCCAUGGAUAGCGAGUCAGAAAACGGCGGAAGUUGCCCCAGCUGCACCUCUCUGGUUCCGAUGACCCCAUCAACCCUGUGUCGAUCCCUGACCCUGGCAAAGAAAUCCGAGAGCGAGACCGUGCUGCAUCAGUUCUGUUGCCCAGCGCCUGAGCAUCCAGAGGCUGACACCACCGGCUCAUCCGGUGGACAGAUGCUGAGCCUGGAGGACGGCACGUCCUCUGGCGGAGGACAGGAAGUCGAAGGGAUCAAGAGGGAGGGGCCAAGUGAAUAUGAGAUCAGCCUGGAGAAUAAAAACAAACAGAUAGAGGAGUUGGAGCAGAAGUAUGGAGGCCAUCUUAUUGCAAGGCGUGCAGCCCGACGCAUCCAGACAGCUUUCCGUCAGUACCAGCUCAGCAAAAACUUCCAGAAAAUCCGCAACUCGCUGUCGGAGAGUAAGCUGCCUCGUCGGAUCUCUCUGCGCCAACCCAGCCCGUCAGGGCGAAGUCGGAAUGCCGGCCAGAGACACAGUUACAGCCUGCAUCCGGGAGGAGGACAAAUACCCUUACGCUCCAAGACGCCGCCCCCACCUCCUUGUCGAUCCACUUCUCUGCCCCCGUCUCCUGCAAUGGGCCCUGCACAUGCCCCCUCUUCUACCCCAAACCAAGCUCCACCUCAAACUCCCGCGCCUGGACCCACACUUACACAGCUGGAAGACUGCUUCUCUGAACAACUUCACUCUUUGGCUCAGUCCAUUGACGACGCUCUUCGUGGUUGGAGCUUGUCAGAGAGCGGAGAAGGGAAAGGACUCUUGAUGGACCCCGGGGCCCUGCGUGCUGCUGCUGAGAGCGCUUGUCUGCCUCGCAGUGCCAGCUCGCUGCUCAUGGCCUUCAGGGACGUAACUGUUCACAUUGACAGCAACACUUCCUACACCAUCUCCUCUGCUACCACGACCACCACCACCACUUCUCUGGGAAAUGCUGGUGGAGGAGCAGCCGGCGGCAGGAAACCCUCUGUAAGCGGGAUGACUGUGGGAGGGGACGGCCAGUUGGCAGACGAGUCAGAGUUUCCGGCGCCUCCACCCAGUGAGGAGCUGGAAAUGGCUGAUGCGGGAUCCAGGAGGGGUUCGGCAGCUCCGACUGCAGAGGGGUUGGGGUUGGAGGGGGGGAGCAGCUCGGACAGAAUGGGAUCCACCUCAGCUUCUACCUCAACUUCAACUUGCAUGUCCACCUCUGCCCAGUCUAACCAGCAGCCUGCACAGAUUUACACCCAGUACCAGCAGUACCACUACACUCAUCCUCAGCAGAUCCCCGGCGGGCCGAGCCCUGAAGCCUUGCAGGCCCUUGUUGUCUCUCUUCCAAGGGACCGCUGCCAGGAUCCAGCUUCCUGUCGCUCACCAACUCUGUCCACCGACACACACCGAAAACGCCUCUAUCGAAUUGGACUCAACCUUUUCAACGUAAACCCAGAGAGAGGCAUCCACUUCCUCAUCACGCGUGGUUUUGUCCCCGACACAGCCAUCGGAGUCGCUCACUUCCUGCUGCAGAGGAAGGGCCUGAGCCGACAGAUGAUCGGAGAGUUCUUGGGGAACAGCAAGUUGCAGUUCAACAGAGAUGUCCUGGACUGCGUUGUGGAUGAGAUGGAUUUCUCCGGCAUGGAGCUGGAUGAAGCCCUGAGAAAGUUCCAGGCUCAUGUCCGUGUUCAGGGCGAAGCACAGAAAGUGGAGAGACUCAUCGAAGCUUUUAGUCAGAGGUACUGCAUGUGCAAUCCUGACGUGGUGCAGCAGUUUCACAACCCAGACACCAUCUUCAUCCUCGCCUUCGCUGUGGUCCUCCUCAACACUGACAUGUACUCGCCUAACAUCAAACCCCACCGCAAAAUGGGGCUGGAUGAUUUCAUACGCAAUCUAAGAGGUGUAGAUGAUGGAGCGGACAUCCCCAGAGAGAUGGUUGCAGGCAUCUAUGAAAGAAUCCAGCAGAGAGAGCUGCGCUCAAAUGAAGACCAUGUCACGUACGUGAGCCGUGUGGAGCAGUCAAUCCUGGGCCUAAAAACGAUCCUUGCCGUGCCUCACAGACGUCUGGUGUGCUGCUGUCGUCUGUUUGAGGUGCCUGAUGCCAACAAGCCUCACAAACAGAAACUGUCCCAGCUUCAGAGAGAGGUCUUCCUUUUCAACGAUCUCCUGCUGAUCCUAAAGCUGUGCCCCAAGAAGAAAAGCUCAGCUUCGUACAAUUUCUGUAAAGCUAUGGGACUUCUGGGAAUGCAGUUUCACCUCUUCAGCAAUGAGUAUUAUGCCCAUGGGGUUACCAUGAUGAGCCCAUUUACCUCAGAGAAGAAGCAACUGGUGAGUUUCUGCUCUCCGAGCGGAGAGGAGCUCAGGAAGUUUGCAGAGGAGCUCAGAGAGGCUAUUGCAGAGGUCAACGAAAUGGAGCAGAUACACAUCCAGUGGGAACUGGAAAGGCAGCAAGGGAUCCAGCCACACGGCUUACACACAAAUGGCGGUCAAAUGGAUGCUCACACAAUACACGGCUCUCCCUCAGGCCAGCAGGAUGCAUAUGAUAAAACCAGCAACAACAACACAGUAGAGGUGUCAAUUCACAACAGGCUGCAGACCUAUCAGCUGAGCCACCCCAGCAUUGAGUCCACGCCUCUCGCCCUGGCCGCCCCACCCGCUCUUCUCAGCCCAGUCCAGGCCGGGGAGCUCCGCCCAGAAACACUCAUCCAGUGUCAGCAGAUUGUCAAAGUGAUUGUUGUGGACCAGAGCGGGCGAGGGCGGAUGGAGGCUUUCCUCAGCCAAGGACCGGCCGCUCACCAACUCAUCCACUCGGCCAUGUCGACACCCGUGCGUGUCCGAGAAGGAGACGGACCCCAACCUCCUCUGCCGCCGCCCCCUCCUCCUUACAACCACCCACACCAGUUCUGUCCGCCUGACUCGCCCAUGCCCCUUCACCACACCAUCCCGUUCACCCGCAGGCGUAAUUCCAGUGGCUCUCGCAGCAUUGUUUGAGUUGCCGGCUACUUUACCAACCCCAGGGGGCCAGACUUGACCCCCUCACCCUCCACAAACACUCAGCACACAGCGCCACAAACAUGCCGGAGCACAAGUCAACUCAGUUUUGAAGCGUGAAAUAAAAGCAGUGCAAAAAAGGAAAUACUGUUUGAAUCCAAGGAAAAGGAAACCAAGAAUCUUUUCAUAGUUUUGACCGAGUUGUGUCAUUUUUUUUUUAACAUGAUGAAGCUUUGAUGACAUUUCUGAGAGAUGUUUCCUUCCUCUUUUGCCUCCGACGUGUCAUCUGAUAACUAAUGUUUCCUGUCUGCAUUUCACAGAUCUGAGUGACUUUGCAUUUUUAAAUGUCACCUGUCCAACUAAUGUGUCUGCGAAUGCUUUUGACCGUGAAACUGAGUGAUGGUGACAGGAGAGCAGCCCAUGAAAGGACUGAAUUCUGUUUCAUUUUACUUCAGGAUAUUGAUGUUCUUGUAUAGCGACCGCGUUUUGUGAGAAAUCAUUUCAGCACAGCUAUUCAAGCCUCCCUACAUUUUUCCCAUAUCUGCAAAAUGUGAAGAAAGAAAGAGCACCGGUUCAUUUGUUCCUUUGCUUUCUCAGGAACUGAUCAUCAAAAUGUGCGAGGAAGAAGGAGAAGAAAAACAAAUAAAAGGCUUUAACAUCUCGAACAUGUCAUGUGCAGUUACGUGUAGUAGGUAUGGGUAUUUCUACUCACUAAACUAAAACAAUGUACCGAUGACAAUCAUUUUUCUGUGUUUCAUUGUGUGUUUUUGCUAUACUUGUGUUGGCAUAAGUAAAGUGUCACUGCUUUGAUUCAGUGGAGCGCUGCCCUGAUGGAGCAGAGGGAAGACAACAUGUCAUCGUGUAGCUGCGUCUCUGAGCUGCACUAACGGCAGAGUACUGGUGAACUGUGUGCUCAGGCUGCUUACUUUUGGAUAACAGGGACGGGAUUGAUAAUCCAAUCAAAAAGAAGGCUAAAACAGGCAUAUAUUUUCUUCUCCUGCACCUUUAUUCCUAAUAACUUACUUGAUGUGUACAUAAAUGCAGUGUUCUGGUCUAGGCUAAACCCUUCAUACAGAAACUUCUUUUUUUUUUUUCUUUUCAAAGGCUGUGGUUUAAAAUGAAAAGGACUCUGCACAGGGUACACACCUCACAAAAAACAUUGUUGUAUGUUUUUUCUUUGAAAGAAAUAAAAAAAAAAAGAUUGGACUUUACAUAUAAGCAGAGAUUCAUCUCUGUGCUGAAUGUUAGAUGUGGGAGAACAUGGAUGAGAGCAUCCAUGACAUGAUUAUUGAUUUCAUUGCCGUGUUGUUUGUUCUGUGUUGAUGGUUUCAGGCUUGAUCCAAAAUGUACAGCACCUCGCACAUCAUCCAGCGGAGACAAACAGAACAGGUCUUUUGCACCACAAAAUAUAUUAGAUAUUCUGUAAAUAGAUAAUAUAGAUUUAUUCUGAAAAAAAAAGUGAUUGGUUCACCCAGUGUGUGUAUAUCCACGUAUGUAUUUGUACAGAGAAAAAUCUAGUUUAAAAGAAAAAAAAAGGAUAUUAUAGUUAUUAUAGCUAUUAUUCACAUUUAUUAUUUGGGGUGUUCUAAAUGCUACCCCCAUGAGAGACGGGAGACAGGCAGAUUUUAUAGAGUACACUUCAGUUGCCAUGGUAACGAACACUGACAUCAUUACUGAUCUACAUUCAUCAUUAAAUUACCAUGCCAUGUUAUUACAGUAUUAUACGGAGAUGGCUGUAUCACCUUUUAAGGUGUGUAAAGGGCUAUGCUUAAUUGGUGAACUUGUACAGUGAAACCAGGAGUCAGGCGUACACAUAUACAUGGCCAAACGCAAACCUACGGACAAAAUAUUCACAUAACUGCACACACCGAGAUGCACAACAUGCGCACAGCUGCCAAAACAACAACAAAAUGUAACUUAACUUUACAGCUUGAUAUGUCAAGUCAGCAAUCCCACUUCGUUUACUAAAAAUUCUGACUUGUACAAUGUGGCAUGAUGUAUUUUCCUUUCCUGUUUUUUUUUUUUCUUAAUUUUCUUUUACAGAACGUAAAAGCUUGAUCCUAUGUUUGUAUCGUUUGUUGUCAGGGCAUGUCGGGUUGAUUGAUGCCAUUUUCUCCUCUCUUUAGUUCCUCCCUCCUUCCAGCUCUUUCCUCUUUUUCUUCUCCAUGGUAGUCAUGGAGACGAACCCAUCUGCAUCCUCUCUGUGGAGCACGGUCAUUUACUCUUUGCACCCUCACAAUAUUUCUAACAAAGAAAUUUCUUAAAUAUGAACAUGUUUACUAAUGGACUUUCUAUUUUUUUUUUCUUUCUGUUUGAAGAGAAUGAAAGAAUAAAGUAGUUUUUA